AUGCACCCCCCUUGUCUGCUCCUGCUGCUGCUCUUCUUUAAUGCACUUCUGCUCAUGCAGCUUGCUGCUCCCCAUCUGUCCUCGGCCUCCUCGGUCUUGCUCCUGCCCAGGGGCGCGCCUCUCGCGGAUCUCCUGCCCUGCGGGCGGGGCGGACCGAGCCGGCCGGGAGUGCACAGCGCCCUCCGCUCCGCGCUGUCUGUGUCGAUAUGGAGCGCUCUCGUUCUCUGGGCCGCUCGGGCCGCGCGCCGGGCGCCCUGCGGCGCCACGGCCCUCGGCCUCGGCGAUGGGCGCACUCGGGUGCGCGCACUUUUCCCCCAUGCGGCUCGCCCUCCGGCGCUCACGCAGGUCCGUGCCGCGUCGACGCGGCGGCGCCCUCUGCGCGGGCGGUGGGGGUGGAGCGCCGCUGGUGGCCCAGACGCGGCCGUCAUCGGAAGGAUCUGCGCCCACGGGGAGGCCGCGAGCGAGGAGACGAAGGGCAGGAGGGAGUGCCGCGAAUUCACGUGCAAGAGUUGCCCCGAGGCCAGGCUUCGCCGUCGCAGGCCCCUCGGCCUCCGAGGCCGUGUCGAACCUGUCAGGGGGAAAUGA